CUAGCCGCUGCCCGCUGCUGAUGCUGCCGCUGCUGCCGCUGGAUGGUGGAGGGUCCGGGGCAUGGAAGCCUCACACUCACAUCAGAUGAUCAUGCUCUGGUACAGAGACCUCUACCUUAGAUGCACUGGGGGCAGACACACACAGAGCCCAGUGACAACAGACAGAGAUGUGUCCUACUGUUGAUAAGAUAAGGGAGCAAAGGCCCAUCCGGUCCUUGACGGGUACAAAACAAGGCAGCGAUGGCGAAGAGAGAUUACCUGGUGGAGGCGGCCAAGCAGAUCCACAUGGCCCUGGACAGCGAGGUCAAUGAGGACUAUGAGGCCGCUUUCAGCUACUACAAGAACGGGGUGGACUUGCUGCUCAAUGGGGUUCAGUUGGACCCAAACAAGGAGCGUCGGGAGGCUGUCAAGAGGAAAACAACCCAGUAUCUCAAGAGAGCUGAAGAGAUCUUCAUAACGCAUUUGCAGGACAACCUAGGGAAGGGAAGCUCUCACUUAGGGGGUUACAGCAGUCUGAGAUUCCGUCCAAUCAGACACUUGAGUUCGCCGGUGGAGGACCUGGAGAUGUGUAAGGUGGUGGGGGUGACUGAUAAGGUCCUGAUUGUCCAAAGCAUGGUCAACAAGGAGACGUUUGUCGUGAAGAGUCUGGUCAAGUCGAGCUGGGAGAGCAGGGAUAAGCCAACCAUCAUUCCUCAGGGGGUUCCCUACAUGGUUAAGCUGCUCAGAUAUUAUGUCAGCGAGGAUGCUGUGUACCUGCAUCUCGAGCAUGUCAAAGGUGGGAAGCUCUUCUCCAAGCUGCACAAGCUGCGGAACGAGAAGGCCAAGGAACACCCAGAAUGCAUCGCUUCUGGCCAGCCCAGCAUCAAGCUGAAGACCAGCUACACCUCACCCACAAUCAGCACAGACUACCAGCACAACAGCAGAGGGAGCACAGGAGUGAUUCCAGAGAAACUGAGCGAUGAGAGCCCAGACACAGACUUCCCCACGUCCUGGGACGAGACCCAGCAGCGCCUGGAGAGCUGCGGCACUCACUCCUACAUCGAGGAGACGGGUUGUCUUCAGAACACGCGCUCCGCAGCCUCGUUUUAUACCAAGCUCGAUCGGCUGACUCUGAAUUCUAGCCUGAAGAGGACACAGGCCAACACCCGCAUCCACACACCAGCUCCCAGUUUGUGUUUGCACCCCAGUCAAACUCAGGACCACCCUUCUCUUCCUCUCUCCUGUUCUCGGGUCAGUCAAGCUCUCGGUGUAAUGUCAGAUCCCCACAAAACACAGGCUGCAAUGGGACUGACAGAGUGCAGCGCAGAGUUUGAAGUCGCUUGGAAAGCUGCCGAUCCAGCUCACAACUCGGAGCACAUAAACCCCUAUGCAGUGACUGACUGUCUUUUAAAAAGCACGCCAGGACAAACACCACCUCGUACAAACCAGACCUCAUGUAAAAAUAGCACUCUAACUUCCUCACCUGCCAUCUUGCAUCUUCCUCUCCAUUGCCAAACCCAGAUCCGUGGCAGGGCAUCAUGGGAAACCAACGGCCCUAACGAAGGAUCAGUUUUGAGUGGCAGCUCUGCAGAUACAGUUUCAGACUUAAAGCAGGAGCACAGCAGUCCCACCGCAGAGGGCAUGUUGGUCAUCAAGAGCACAGACAGAGCAGUGUUUUCUGAGCACACAGACACUUCAGAAAGCUCCUGUCACUCCUCGGCUACCCUCUGCCACAACAUAGCAGAGAAACAGGGGACAUUUCUGGGGGAAACACGUUCAAAUGACGGUGUAGAGGAGGCCUGCGAAGUGCUGAGUCACGGAGAGAAGGUGGCACCUGUGAAAAAGCGAUCAUUUGUGAGCUGGUUCUCCACAGGCCCUGCUGAAGCCCCGCCCCACAGGAACGGGGAGGAUGUGUCUGUUAAAUCUGAAGGAUCGGGGGGGCAGUGGGAGGAGGACAUCAUAGAGGUGGAUGGAUGGUGCCACACGCCUAGGGUCCCCGUGGAAACCUCCAGGUCUGCAGAUAAGGCCAUGCACACCUGCUGGGGGCUCUCGGAAGCAGAGGUCCGCGUCUGGGGGGCUCAGGUCCUGCUGGCUCUGGAGAGUCUGCAUCAGCAGGGCAUUCUGUGUCGGGACCUCAACCCUAGAAACGUUCUGCUCACCAGCAACGGGAAAGUGUGUCUGACUUUUUUCGGACAGUGGAGUGAGGUUCAGUCAGAGAUCUGCUCCAAAGCCAUGGAACAGAUGUACUGCGCUCCAGAAAUUGGAGGCGUGUCCAGGAUAACGGAGGCUUGUGAUUGGUGGAGUCUUGGGGCUUUGCUCUUUGAACUCCUAACAGGAAUGCCGCUGUGGCAGCUCCACCCAGCAGGGAUCCACUCCCACACCCAGCUGCUCAUCCCCAAUCACCUGAGCGCUGCCGCCGCCUCUCUGCUCACUGAGUUGCUUCAGUUUGAUGCGGGCUAUCGCCUGGGUUCUGGUGGGGGGGGCGUCAGUGACAUCAAGUGUCAUCCCUUCUUCAGCAGCGUCUCAUGGAAAGCUCUGAGCUGCUAGCAGGUGCUUCACCCCUGAUCCCCGCGCUGGAAUUGAAGUUAAAACACUGAAUCCUACACAUCUCGACUGGAUUCAGCACCAGAUGGCUUGUUUUCUGUGUACUCUUUUGCGCUUCCCAAAGAAGAAAGACAGUAAAUACUGAAAAAUGAACAAACCUGGUGAACCAUGUCCCUGGUGAAACAUGAAACAUCUAUUUUAACUUCAUGUAUGAUGGCCAUUUUAGAUACCCUGAUGCAAUUUUGGUACAUUUAGGUUUUAUAGUAUCCAUGCAGAUUAUAACAAUGCAUGAAAACUGACUUCGAACUGAAUUCGACUAAAUUCAGACAAUUACAAAUGUCUGCAGUCUCUGCCAUUAAAGAUUGUGAAGAAACAAAGAUGUUAGGCAAUAAAUUGUUACCUUCUCUA